AUGUCGGCCUCUGAUGGAGACAUUGAGAAGAAGGGCGCCACUACUGUCGCGCCCGCUUCCGACGCUACUAUGCCUGCCUAUGGCGAGGCCACGGCUGAUGAGCAUGGUGUUGGAGAGGUAAACCCUCUGAAGCGUAGCCUUCAGGGACGUCAUAUGCAGAUGAUUGCCAUUGGUGGUUCCAUCGGUGCUGGUUUGUUCGUCUCUACAGGUUCUGCUUUACAGACGGGAGGUCCGGGCUCUCUGACUCUGGGUUACUUGAUCGUUGGUGCCUUCCUUCUCUUGACCAUUCAGGCUCUUGGAGAAUUGGCCGUCCUUUACCCCGUAAACGGUGCUUUCUUCUCUUACUGUGUUCGCUUCAUCAGCCCCGCCUGGGGGUUUGCCGUCGGCUGGGACUAUGCUAUCAGUUGGCUCGUGAUCUUACCAUUUGAAAUUACUGCUGCGAGUCUGACGAUAAAAUUUUGGCGAGAUGAUUUGAAUAUGGGUAUCUGGGUGGCGGUAUUCCUCGUCGUCCUCUCAGCCAUUCAAUUCUUCGGUGUUCGUGGUUAUGGUGAAGUGGAGUUCGUCCUCGGUCUCAUCAAAGUCAUCGCUGUCAUCGGUUUCAUUAUCCUGGGAGUCGUGAUCGAUUGCGGUGGUGCCCCCAAGGGCGGAUACAUUGGAGCUCACUACUGGCACGACCCGGGUGCGUUCACCACCUUCAAGGGUUUCUGUUCUGUCUUCACGACCGCCGCCUUCGCCUUCAGUGGAACUGAGCUUGCUGGUCUCGCCGCCGCCGAAGCCGCCAACCCCGCCAAGUCGCUCCCCAAAGCCACCAAGCAGGUCUUCUGGCGUAUCAUGGUCUUCUACCUCCUUUCCACCUUCAUUGUUGGCUUGAUCGUCCCCAGCAACGCUGACUACCUGCUUGGUGCCUCCGGUUCCAACACCAAGGCCUCCCCCCUUUGUCGUCUCCAUCCAGAAUGCUGUGUCGCAAACUCCGCCACCUUUGGCUCUACUCGCACGAUUCAGGCUCUCGCCGAGCGUGGCAUGGCUCCUAAGUUCUUCGCCUACAUCGACAAGGCCGGUCGUCCCCUUUGGUGUGUUCUUCUCCAGAUCGCCUUUGGUUUCCUCGCUUUCAUCAACGAGGCCUCUGCCACUGGUGGUGUCAUCUUCAACUGGCUGCUUGCCUUGUCCGGAAUCGGCGCCUUGUUUGUUUGGGGAAGUAUCUGCUAUGCCCACAUUCGUUUCCGCGCGGCAUGGAAAUACCACGGUCGCGAUAUCAAGGAACUUGCCUUUGUUGCUCCCUUCGGUGUCAUUGGUAGCUGGAUCGGUGUGUUCCUCGCUUGUCUGUGCCUGAUCGCCGAGUUCUAUGUCUCCAUUGCUCCCAAGGAUGCCGAGGUCUUCUUCGAGAAUUAUCUCGCUGCGCCUGUGAUUAUCCUCCUUUUCAUCGGCUGGGUCGUUUACACCCACUUCAACAAAGACCCUACGCUUGACCGAGGGGCUUGGCUGGUCCCGCUGGAGAAGAUUGAUAUCUUGAGCAACAUGCGGGACGGUGCCCUGGAUGUUGACCUACCGCCCAAGGUGGAGUAUGCCACCUGGGGCGAGUGGUUCAAGGCGGCUCCUCUGCGUAUCGUUCGCUCUCUUUUCUAA